GGUCACCGUGUAGAAAAGAAAGCAAGGCAGUUUUCUGUUAUUGCGAGAAUGGCUAAUCCAACGAAAAGUUUUCGGGACAAUGCUCCAAUGGACAGGGGAUUGACUGCUGAGUCAGAGAACAGAUUUGCGUUCGAAGUAGCAUGGGAAGUAGCUAAUAAAGUUGGCGGUAUCUACACGGUUAUCCGUACGAAGGCUGCCAUCUCUGUAGAGGAGCUGGGCGACCAGUACUGCCUGUUCGGGCCGUACAACGAGUCGUGCGUGCGCACGGAGGUCGAGAUUGUUGAGCCGGACGAUGUGCUCAUGCAGAAGACAGUGAAGAAGCUGAGAGACUGCGGCUUCAAGGUGUACUACGGACGAUGGCUGAUCGACGGCUACCCGCAAGUGGUGUUGUUCGACAUCGGUUCUGCAGCGUGGAAGCUGGAUGAGUGGAAGCGAGAGUUCUGGGAUUUGACGCGCAUCGGCAUCCCCUGGCAGGACAUCGAGUGCAACGACGCCGUCGUAUUCGGGUUCCUAGUCGAGAUGUUCAUUGGCGAGUUUCUCGCGCGCUGCACGGACGAGCUGGAUUCUACGCCAAUCAUAUCGGUGCACUUCCACGAGUGGAUGGCGGGCGUCGGGCUGCUGAUGGCGCGCGCGCACCGCCUCAAGGUGGCCACCGUCUUCACGACGCACGCGACGCUGCUCGGACGAUACCUGUGCGCAGGAUCCACCGACUUCUACAACAACAUCACGACGUUUGACCUGGACAAGGAGGCGGGUAACCGUGGCAUCUACCACCGAUACUGCAUGGAGCGCGCCGCGUGCCACGUCGCGCACACCUUCACCACCGUGUCCGACAUCACAGGCUUCGAGGCAGAACACCUGCUCAAGCGAAAACCAGAUAUCAUCACGCCAAAUGGCUUGAACGUGAUCAAGUUUGCGGCGUUGCACGAGUUCCAAAAUCUCCACGCAAUUGCGAAGGGGAAAAUCAACGAGUUCGUUAGAGGCCAUUUUUACGGCCAUUACGACUUCGACUUGGACAAGACAAUAUAUUUCUUUAUUGCUGGACGUUACGAGUUCAGUAACAAAGGAGCGGACAUAUUCAUCGAGUCUCUAGCGAGACUGAACCACUAUCUGAAGGCAGCAAACAGUCAGACGACGGUGAUCGCGUUCCUCAUCUUCCCGGCGCGGACGAACAACUUCAACGUGGAGUCGCUGCGUGGGCAGGCUAUCGUCAAGCAGCUUCACCAGACCGUCACCAAUAUCAAAGAGAAGAUCGGCGCGCGCAUGUUCGAGACCGCCUGCAGCGGCAAGAUCCCUCAGGGCGAGGACAUCCUCAAGUCGGAGGACAUCGUGAAGCUGAAGCGAUGCAUCUACGCGACGCAGCGAAACACGAUGCCUCCGAUCUGCACGCACAACAUGGUGGAUGACAACAACGACCCCGUGCUCAACAACCUACGCCGCUGCAACAUGUUCAACAACCGCACCGACCGCGUCAAGGUUCUCUUUCACCCGGAGUUCCUGAGUUCGACGAGUCCGCUGCUCGGCCUCGACUACGAGGAGUUUGUCAGGGGAUGCCAUCUCGGCGUCUUCCCGUCCUACUACGAGCCGUGGGGCUACACGCCAGCUGAGUGCACGGUGAUGGGCAUCCCCAGCAUGACUAGCAACCUGAGUGGCUUCGGAUGCUUCAUGUCGGAUCACAUCGCCGACCCACAGUCGUACGGAAUCUACAUCGUCGACAGACGCUACAAGAGCCCAGAGGAGACGGUCCGCAACAUGGCGCAGAUGAUGUUCGACUUCACGCAGCUGUCUCGCCGGCAGAGGAUCAUACAGAGGAACAGGACGGAGCGUCUGUCUGAGCUGCUCGACUGGCAGAACCUGGGAACGUACUACAGGAAGGCGCGAAGGUCGGCCAUCAAGGCCGUCUAUCCGGAGAUGUUCCAGGACGACGACCGCAUGUCCGUCUCGAGCAUGAAGUAUCGGUUCCCGCGACCCCCGUCGGCUCUCCCGUCGCCGUCGAGCUCCCGCGCGUCCACCCCGCCCCCGUCGCCGAGCGAGGACGAAGACGAGGAGGACGAGGAGGAGGAUGAGGAUGAGGCUCCUCUCUCGUUCACGCCGCGCUCGGAGGAGGUCGACGAUGAAUUCGAGCAGCUGAUCAUGAAGAGCAAGGACAACGUGAACUGACGGGGGCGAGCGGGAAGCGAGACUCCUCGAGCGGGAGGGAGCGAGGGGAGGGUAGGAUUUUAGGCUUAGGCGUAGGACGAAGGUUUAAUGGGGCACUGCUGCUGCUGCUGCUGCUCCUGCUGCUGCUGCUGCUGCUGAAUGGCUGUUGGUGGUGGUGGUGGUUAACUACUGCUGCUUGCUGCUGC